AUGGUGACUGGUGGGAGGUUUUGGUUCGCGUUCGGUGCUAGUGGGAGGCUGAAGGGAGUCCCUGACUACGUAUGCGCUUUGACCACGGAGAUCAUGUCGAGUUUCAACUCAUCCGAACCUCUGACCCCGCGUGUCAGAACGCCACUUGUAGUGUCUUCCGUCAGGCUUCGAGAACAAAAUGACGCAGUAAACAUGGACAAGUUGGAUGUUUCGCAGUUUGACAUAUCCAACUUUGAUCUCAAUGCUAUCCUGCGUGGAGCGCAGCUGACUCUAGUUGGUGUGAACCGAGCGCUUCAGAACCCAGGCCUCUUCACUUCAGACCACUAUCGCCAAGCUGUGAUAGCUGUAGUUGCUGGCAUCGCCAUCCGAGUCAUUGUCGCCAUACCCAUUGUCGGUGUACGCGUGCUACUAUGGAUCGUCUCUCUCUUCGUCAACAUGGACCACACGCACUUGGACGAAAGUGUCGUGAACGGGCUACACUUCCUUGAGCACACGGUGCUCCAAGUACCAUUCUUCCUCAUGACGAUGAUGCGCUACGUCACGCCUACUCUGGAUCAUAUGUUCAUGGACUCCCUGCGUUGGGUCGAUGAAACCUAUGUACAGAAGCACAAGACCGAAGACCCGCACAACCUCCGCGCCAUGUACUACCCAAACCUCGAAAAGUACCCCGAACACGCACCGAAACCAGACAAGGAGAAGAUGCCAAUAAGGCAGGCUGUUAUGCUGUAUACCAUGAAGCAGGGCAAGAAGGCUGCCAUUUCCCUGGGAGUUCUUGCACUAUCCUAUGCUCCCUACGUAGGCCGCUUCGUGCUUCCAGCCGCCAGUUUCUACACUUUCAAGAAGUCAGUAGGAACUCAGCCAGCAGCCGCUAUAUUUGCUGGCUCUCUGUUAUUCCCGCGCAGAUAUCUAGUCAGCUUCCUACAGGCUUACUUUUCGUCCCGCACUCUUAUGCGUGAGCUGCUCGAGCCUUACUUUGCACGCGUGCGCUACACUCCAGAACAGAAGAAGCUUUGGUUCAGGGAUCGAGCAGGCGUGCUUUUCGGUUUCGGUCUCGGCUUCUACAUCUUCGUCAAGAUCCCACUCGUCGGCGUCCUCAUCUACGGCCUCGCAGAAGCCUCGACAGCAUACCUCAUUACUAAGAUUACAGAGCCACCGCUUCCCCCGACCGAAGCCGACAAGUUCAAGGAAGAGUCGCUUCGUUGGAAAAACAAGCACGAGUUCUUAAACCUGCCCUGGCAACACAUGGACGAAUACAACCUUGCAAUGCACAAGCCUGCGGUCCAGUCUGAAGUGCGCCAGACACCACGAAAGACUUUCAGUUAG